AUGAUUCUAAAACUACUAAUUUUUGGCAUUUCAGGAAUUGGCUUCAAGAGUGUAUUUCUCAUCACAGCUCAGCCUUACAUAUUCAGUAAUGGCUAUCAGAUACGGUUUAAUGAACAACCUUGCCCACAGUGCAAAGUUGGGUACAUUAUCCCUGAAUGGGUCGAUGAUAACCCUACUCUUUCCACCAUAAAGGAAAUAUACGGUGGCUCUGGCUCUUCCCUUCCGACCACAACGAUUGUGUUGCCUUUGAAGCCUGACAAAGUCCAACCUGUGAAGCAACAACUCUCAACCAUUCAUCCUGAAAUUCUGUUAUUUCUUUCAAAGAUAAGGAGGCUUUCAGUCAAGGAAGAUAAUGAGGAUCCUAGGCUCAACACCGUGAGUGCGGUGUCCAUUUCAAGUGAGAUUAAUUUUGCUACUAAGAAGAACAUAGAUGUAGAUUCCUUUCUUCUCCAUCUCCCAGCCGAUGAACAUGGUAAAAAUUCAGAAGAAGAAUGCAGCUACCACAUGUGGAGGCAGAGAUUUCCCGUCAGGCAAGAAAAUAAAGUGGAAAAAAGAAUGGAAGUCGAUGAGUGGGUGAUCACACUGGCUUUUCCAAAUGGACAAAGGCUCAAUAGAGGGAGGAGCUCUCCUGGGAUCUAUGCUUUUCUCCCAACAGAGAUGGUUACAAAUUUCCCGUUUAUAAUCCAAGCCGAUUUUCUUCUGGCAUCGUCGAGGGAAACCAUUCUCUUGGAUAACAAAUGGAACCAAGGCAUUCUCGAUUGUGUGCCCUCUGCUUUUGUCAGCGCAUUCAUUUCAUUGGUGAAAAGCUCAGAAGAUGCUCCGGUAUCUAGUUUGCCUCGUAUGUUUGGAUUCAUACCUGUCAACACGCUAUAA